CUUUAUUUGACUCACCGAAUUAGGGUCACAGCCGGCCCAGGAACCCAACUCUACAGUUGUAGCCCGUGGGCCUCAACUCUUUAAAACUCCUGACCAAGUCAAAGCUCGAUCAUGGCAUCAGCUAACCUCCCUGCAGUUCAGACAACACCAGCGACGCCCCUGACGUCGACUUCGAGUUUUGAGUGAUCCAGCAAUCCAUGGAGACGACGAGUUCAGCAGCGUGACCAUGUCGUCGUCUUCCCCUUGCCGGCCGGCCGCGGCCGGCCGCCGCGAGCCGUGUGUGGCCGCACCCCGCUUGUCCCCACCGAAAUGCCCUCGCCACCGCGCACGCAUAAAGCCGAACACCCUCGCCGCGCACCCCGCCUCGAAACCUCCGCCUUCUUCGCGUCGCGGCGUCGCUCGUCCAUGCGAGAUCGCCACCCAUUCCGGACGCCAUGGAGAAGAGUAAGGUCGUCGUCUUUGCCGGUCGGGUGCUCGCGAUAGUAGCGUUGCUGCUGGCGUGCUGCUGCAUGGCGGCGGCGGCGCAGGGCGGGGAGGGGGCUAGGGUGAGGGAGUCGCUCAUCGGAUUCCUGACCGAGCUCGCCGGCGGCGACAAGGAGAGAGCGCGCGGCAUCGGGUGGGACGCGUCGGUCGAACCGUGCGACGGCAACCGGACGGUGUGGCCCGGCGUCGGCUGCAACGGCGCCCCCGCCGGCGAUGGCCGGAUCACAGCCAUCGUGCUGGAGCGCAAGGGGCUGGACGGCACCAUCAACGCGGCGUCGCUCUGCGCCGCCGCGCCCGCGCUCCGCGUGCUGAGCCUGGAGGGCAACGCGCUGCGCGGCGACCUCCCCGCGGCCAUCUCCGGCUGCGCCAGGCUGACGCACAUCUACGUCGGCGACAACCGCCUCUCCGGCAGCCUCCCGCCGUCGCUCGCCGAGCUCGCCAGCCUCCACGUGCUCAACGUCUCCAGGAACAGCUUCUCCGGCGAGAUCCCCGCCGAGCUCAGCAAGCUCGGCCUCGUGAGAUUCUGCGUCAACGACAACCGUUUCAACGGCGCCAUCCCGGAGUUCGAGCUGUCCAGGUUCGAGCACUUCAGCGUCGCGAACAACAACCUCACCGGCCCGAUCCCCGACGACGCCGGCGACUUCGGCCGCGACAGCUUCUCCGGCAACUCGGACGGCCUGUGCGGCCGGCCGGACUUCCCGCCGUGCCCGCCCCCGCCGAGCUCCGGCGAGAACGAUGGGAAGAGGAGGAGGAGGGCGCGGACGAUCGUCAUGUGCCUCGGCUACGUCCUCCUCGGCGCCGGCGUGGCGGCCUUCGUCUUGUACAUGAUGUGCUCCAAGAGGCGGAGGAGACCAAGCGGCGUCGGCGGCAAGACGGCGGCGACGACGGAGACAUCAUCGUCGGUGACCCCAGGGAAGUCGGCAUACUCCCUCCCGAUGUCGGAGGAGCGGAUGAACGCCACGGCGGCGGCAGCGGCGGCGGUGGCGCGCGCGACGCCGGCGUCGCUGGUGGUGCUGCAACGAUCGGGCACGGCGGCGUCGACGGUGAUGACACUGAACACUGCGGCGGCGGCGGCGGCGGAGGCGGCGAGGAAGCUGCGGUUCGAGGACCUGCUCAGGUCGCCGGCGGAGCUGCUGGGGCGCGGCAGGUUCGGGAGCGCGUACAAGGUGGUGGUGCCCGGCGGCGCCGCGCUGGCGGUGAAGCGGGUGAAGGACGCGGCGGGGGCGGAGGAGGAGGAGGAGUUCCGGCGGCGGAUGGAGCGCGUCGGGAAGGCGAGGCACCCGGCCGUGCUGCCGCCGCUGGCGUUCUACUGCGCCAUGCAGGAGAAGCUGGUGGUGUACGAGUUCCUCGGCCAUGGCAGCCUCGCCAAGCUUCUCCAUGGUUCUAUAGAGAGCAGCCAGGUCGCCCUGGACUGGCCGGCGCGCCUCCACAUCGCCUCCAAGGUCGCCGACGGCAUGGCGUUCAUGCACGGCGCCCUGCGCGGAGGCGACGGCGACGGCGACGGCGCGAACGCGAACUUGUCGUUCUCAUCCUCCUACGAGGAGGACGAGGCCGGCGGCGCCAUCGCUCACGGCAACCUCAAGGCCUCCAACAUCCUCUUCACGGCCACCAUGGAGCCCUGCAUCAGCGAGUACGGCGUCACCGCGCCGCCGCCGCCGUCGUCGGCGCCAGCGGCGGCGCUUCGCGCCGACGUGCGCGCGUACGGCGUGCUGCUGCUGGAGCUGCUCACGGGGAAGGCCACGGCAGCGGACGGCGCCGAGCUGUCGCGGUGGGUGACGGCCGUCAUCCGGGAGGAGUGGACAGCCGAGGUGUUCGACCGCGCGAUGCUCUCCUCCGCCGGCGCCGGCGGCGACACCGUCGCCAGCGAGCAGCGGAUGGUGCGCCUGCUGCAGGUCGCCAUGAGAUGCAUCGACGACGCCUCCUCGCCGUCGCCGCCGCCCACCAUGAGGGAGGUCGCUGGCAUGGUGAACGCCAUCCGCGAGGAAGACGACAUGUCGCUCUCCUCGGAGGCAUGACAUGAGUGACACUGACGCGGACGAACACCAAGCACUUGACCAGUGUGUGCAGCAAUGCAAAAUUCCCCUCGAAACUCUUUAAACCUCUCGUUUCUACUAUAUAAUUAAUCAUGUUUAGUGCUAAAAAAUCCUGUUUAAUUACUGCUACUACCUCAUAUUAAUCUGCUUUAGUGCAUGUUUGACAAUUGUAUUGUACUUAACUCAAAUGAUUGUAUAAAUUUGUAGUCCACUUCUACUCUGUUCUUUCUGUUAACUAUAGCUACUCUGUUAUGUAAAAAAACCUUCAACCGUUUCCCUUAAAAUGCGAACUUUCAUAUAUUAUUAU